AUGUCAGGAUACCAUUUCACGAAUGCUCCGAUGCCCUCCACGGACUCAAGCUUCGACUACGAUAACAGAGACCAGGCUGCUGCCGGUGUGUUAAGUCGAUUAUCCAGGACGUCGCCUGUCCGCAACCCUUCUCUGCCUACCGUUGAAGAGGACACGGAAGAUAAUUCUUCUAUUGGCGACUGGUCUUCACCUUCGAGACCUAACACGGCGUCUGGAAUCUCUCUUGUACCUCGAUCUCAGAGAUACGACAACUACUACAAUCCCCUGCCCGCCAUCAACUCUGGCGAACCACUGCACUGGGACGACCUGCACCUUCAAGGGGACGAGGAUCCUUUUUCGGCCCCUCAAAGCGCGGUACAGUCCCCAGUACGCCCACGAACGCAGAACACGACCCAAUCUCAGGACUACCGCAAUUCUGGCUAUUCAUACACAACAACAGACAGCUGGCAGCUUCCCUCAAGGCCCAUAUCUGCGUACAGCGCAGUCAGCGCCGAUCCUUCUCCUGUGCGCCCCAACUCCACGGGAUAUACAUACUAUCAGUCCGAAGACGAAUUAUCAAUCGACCACUUCAGGCAUGACACGGAGGCCUACGCCUCUGGGACGUAUUCCCGCCCGUCUUACCGGCCCCCGCGAUCCCGCUCUCCUACUCCUGCCGUGGAUGAUGAGGACUACCAGAUAGUGGGGAACGACAGCGUCCACUACACGGGGCAGUCACCAGCGCGGCAGCAAUCGCCUUAUGAUGAGGAAAAGGCCGCCGCUUCACAUGAACAUUAUCGGAGCUCCUACACCGACGCAGACGGGCAGACUAUGUAUAGCGGUGAAAGCGGCAAUCCGGAGAAGUCCCCAUACCCCGAACCCCCGACUCCCGUCACCACUCGCCAUUUCGGCCCUGCGCCUGUCGGGCGCGUCCUUCGUCGUCGCAAGACGAAGAAACGCGUGCAGCUCACGAAUGGUAACUUGGUGCUCGACCUGGAUAUCCCCCCGACGUUGGUGCUGCCUAGGAAGGGGGAGCCGGAGAUGAUGAAGACACGAUACACUGCUGUGACCUGCGAUCCAGAUGAGUUCGAGAAAAGCGGCUUUUUCUUGAGACAGAACGAGAUGAGGAGAACAACCGAGCUCUUUAUUGUUAUCACUAUGUAUAAUGAAGAUGAGGUUCUUUUCUGCAGGACAAUAUAUGGUGUCAUGCGGAACAUAUCUCAUCUUUGCUCUCGGAAGAAUUCCCGUACAUGGGGUCAGGAUGCGUGGAAGAAGGUCGUUGUCUGUAUUGUAGCGGAUGGCCGCAAAAAGGUGCACCCACGGGUCCUCGACUGCCUGACCUUGCUCGGCGUAUACCAAGCCGGCGACCACAUGAAAAAUAUGGUCAACAACAAGCCCGUCACCGCCCAUCUGUUCGAGUACACCACAUCUUUCGGUUUGGAUUCCAACCUGCACUUCAAGUACCCCGACAAGGGUGUCAUGCCGACACAGAUUAUAUUUUGCAUGAAGGAGAAGAACCAGAAGAAGAUCAACAGUCAUCGGUGGUUCUUCAACGCUUUUGCUCCCAUGCUGCAGCCCAACGUCUGCGUCCUCCUCGAUGUCGGUACGCGACCCGAGAACAAGAGCAUAUACUACCUGUGGAAGGCAUUCGACGUGAACUCCAACGUCGCCGGUGCAUGCGGCGAAAUUGCUGCGUACAAAGGCAAACGGUGGUCCGCAUUGCUGAACCCGCUCGUUGCGGCACAAAAUUUCGAGUACAAAAUUGCCAACAUCCUCGACAAGCCGACAGAGUCACUGUUCGGCUACAUCAGUGUCCUGCCCGGUGCCUUUUCAGCGUAUCGGUACAUCGCACUGCAAAAUGACAAGAUGGGCUAUGGGCCGUUGGCAUCGUACUUCAAGGGUGAAGUGCUGCAUGGUCGCGACACGGAUAUUUUCACUUCGAACAUGUACCUCGCCGAGGAUCGAAUUCUGUGCUUCGAGCUUGUCGCGAAGUCGAAUUCCAAUUGGAUACUCAAAUACGUGAAGAGUGCAAUCGCCGAGACGGAUGUCCCCGACGCUCUGCCUGAGUUCAUCAGCCAACGCAGACGGUGGCUGAAUGGAUCUUUCUUCGCAGCGACCUACGCGAUCGCCCAUUUGGGGCAAAUUCUGCGGUCGGGGCAUAGUGUGCACCGGAAAGUUGUUCUCGUCUUCGAGACCAUCUACAAUGUGAUCAACCUGGUGGCGGCAUGGUUUGCUAUCGGCAAUUUCUAUGUUUUCUUCAUUAUUCUGACGUCAUCUUUGGAGGCCCCAUCCUUCCAUAUGACAGGUAUCAAGUAUUUCAACUCCGUUGUUCAGUUCCUGAUGGCAAGUGUCAUCGUGGCGUGUUUCCUGUUCUCCAUGGGCAACAAACCAAAAGCAUCUAAAUGGAAGUACAAGCUAUCGGUGAUCUUCCUCGCCGUCAUGAUGGUCUAUAUCAUCUUCGCCGCCGUCAUGUGCUCCAUACAGGCGGCAUACCAGGGCGGCGGGGCGUAUCGGGUCAUGCUCUUUAGCAUCAUCGUGACCUAUGGAGUCUACUGUUUCUCUAGUCUCCUCGCCUUCGAUCCGUGGCAUAUUUUCACGAGUUUCAUACCGUAUCUGCUGCUGUCUCCCACGUAUAUCAACAUCCUGAAUAUCUACGCGUUCUCCAACCUGGACGAUAUCUCGUGGGGCACCAAGCAAGACACGGACGUGGAGACGGACCUCGGCGCGGUCAUCCAGAACAGCAACUCGCAGGUCGACGUUGAGGUGCUCACGGACGCCGCGGACGUCAACGGCAUCUACGAGGAUGCGCUCCUGAACCUGCGGGACAGAAAACCCGUCCCGAAAGCCAGUGCGGGACCGAGCAUCGCGGAGAAGGAACAGGUGGCCAGAGAUUACUACGCGAAUGUCCGAACGAAUGUAUUGUUGGUAUGGGUUAUUUCCAACGUCCUACUGCUGGUGUUCAUCCUGGGCUGCGGGGACGCCUCGCAAGCGUUCACCGGCCAAUCGUUCACUCGGUCAAGGGCGUAUAUGACCUUCAUCCUUACCUUCGUCGCAUUCACCACCAUCAUUCGAUUCCUCGGCUCAACAAUGUAUCUCGUCGCACGCAUCUUCACCGGGUAA